AUGGAGGCGGAAGAUGGCGGCUCCGGUGCAGGUGGCUACUCCUCACAGCUAGUUCAGGAAGUUACUGAGAGCAUUGGCAAGUUAUUAGAGGAGAAGCUGGCCAAAUUUGUGAACGCACUGGAAGCUAUGACAACCCGGGUGGAAGGCAACUGGAAAAGACUGGACGAAGCCGAGAGCCGAGUGUCUACACUGGAGGACAUGCUAGCUACCACUGAAAACAAGCUCCGGGAAGUUGAGAAGAAGCUACAAUCUCUCACUGAAAAAGCAGACGACUUGGAGAACAGGAUGAGACAGGACAAUCUCAGGGUUGUUGGCUUAAAGGAAGGAGCUGGAGUCAUCAUCAAACUGCACAACUUCAGGGAGAAACAGCAGAUCAUCGAUGCACUGAGGGAGAGACGACAGCUGACAUAUAAGGGACAGAAGCUGUACAUUCAGCAGGAUUUCUCAGCUGCAGUGAAGGAAAUGCGGCGCAGCUUCAACAAGGUGUGUGAACGUCUGAUCGGAUUGAACAUCCGCUUCUCCAUGCGGUUCCCUGCCGUCCUAACCUUUGCGUUCAACGGAGAGAAACAUGCUGUCCAGUCCCCCGAGCUGCGCAGGCAGCUUCGUCAGUCCAAGGAGGAGGCCUACAGAAGUGGAGACAGAACCCUGUACAAUCAGGACAGAAACACACUGACAAGGGAAGUCAAAGCAGCUAUUCUGAAGAGCUAUGCUGAAAAACUGGAAAACAACCCCUCGUUGGUGUGGAAAGGCCUGCAGAGGAUGUACAGGCAGCUCUUUCAGAGGCAGAAGACCAAGAAGGCUCCUGGCCCAGACGGAUCUAAAGUGGGAGCCCAGCAGAGGAUCAAAAAGGCCCAGCAGAGGAUGUACUUCCUGCUCCAGCUUAAGAAGCUUAACCUUUCCAUGGAGCUAUUGAUCCACUUUUACACAGCCAUCAUCCAGUCUGUUCUCAGCACAUCCAUCAUUUUGGUUUGGAUCUGCCACGAAACUGGAAAGGAACAGACUACAAUGGACACUCAGAACACAGUCAGUAAAAGGGCAGGAAACAUCACUGCAGAACUAUCACACCCUGGAUACAACCUGUUCCAGCCCCUCCCCUCUGCAGAUCAACCCAAGGCUGUCCUGAGUAUCUCUCCUCAGUGGAUGAACCCUGGAGACUCAGUGACUCUGAACUGUGAAGUUAAAGAGUCGUCUACAGGCUGGAGGUUCUCCUGGUACAAGACUGUUCCCUACAGAGCUGGGUUACCCUCUCUAUUGGACAAGUCCUACUCUGUAGAGCCCCUAUCUGGAAAUGGGACUACUGAAGAGUCUUACACUCUGAGUCCUGCUGGUCCUACUGACACAGGAGGAUAUGUGUGUAGAGCUGGGAGAGGAGACCCAGUCUAUUACACAGACUACAGUAAACCUCAGUUUCUCUGCUCAGGAGAUCUGCCGUUUUCAGUGUCUCUCAGAAUAGGUCCCAACAGAACUCAACACUUUACAUCAAAGUCUCUCUCACUGAUCUGUGAUCUGAAGGGAAACUCUACUGGAUGGAGACUGAUGAGAUACACAGAGACAGGAGUGGAGUCAGGGUGUUCCCCUAACUGGGGAUCAAUAACAGGGUCCACAUGUACCAUCACCUCCACAGACACAGGGGACAGUGGAGUGUACUGGUGUGAGUCUGGAUCAGGACAGUACAGUAAUGCUGUCAACAUCACAGUGUCUGGUGGUGAUGUGAUCCUAGAGAGCCCUGUCCAUCCUGUGACUGAAGGAGACUCUGUGACUCUUCUCUGUACACAUAGAAAUCAACCACACACUAACCCCAAGGCUGAUUUCUACAAAGACAGAGUACUCAUCAGUAAUGAGACCACAGGAGAGAUGACCAUCUCUACAGUAUCAAAGUCAGAUGAAGGUUUCUAUACGUGUGAAUCGGAUGAAGGAGAAUCACCUGGAAGCUGGGUGACAGUCAGAGUUCCUGUAUCCUUUACAUCAGUCCUAAUAGGAGUGGUUCUGGGCCUGGUUGUUGCUGCUGUUCUACUAACCAUCUUCCUGGUCCUGUUGAGUCUAUAUAAGCACAACAAAGGUUCUUGUUCUAACAUAAUAUUCGGGCCCAUCCAUCCCCAGAGCACCAACCAAGACCCCCAACAGGACCAAGGAUCUACCCAGGGUAUACAGGUCACUAGUGAAGUGACAUACGCCCAGAUUCAACCAAAGAAGUUGGACAAAAAGAUAAAAGAACAGUCAGCCGAUCCAAAAGAAAACUCAGUCUACUCUGUGGUGAAGAGAGUGAAAGUCACAGCAUCUGGACCCACUGAUGUGACCUAUGCUCAGAUUGUCCAUAAAAAGGUCAAAACCAAUAAAGAAUCAAAACCUCCACCAGAGUCAGAAUCAGGCAAUUCUCCAGGAAAGCCACAGUCCACAGUCCUUGGGAGAGAUUGUGAGGAGCAGAAUAUGAUGUUUAUAGACACUUCCUGUAGGACGUGUCUGUAAUGAACCGCAUGUUCAUUUAUUCUAUUCCUGUGGGGACCAGACAAAAUGAUAACGUAUAUUUCCUAUCCCCUAAACCUAAUCUUAACCCAACCUUUCACCUCAUUAUCCUUACCUUCAUGCCAAAACUUAAACU